CCUCCAGACCACGUGUGCUCUCGGCAAAGCUUUGCGCAGCUCGGGAGACGCUUUGUCCCGGCGGCGGGCUUCCUGGCCUGUGGUUUGGAGCUCGGAGCGGCGUUGGCCGGACCCCUAUUCGCGCCCGGCUCGGUUCGGCUCCCUGCCGGGCUCCAGGCCCAUGGCUUCUCGGGGCAGAAAGCGGAAGGCCGAGGUGGCGGUGGUCGCGGCGGCGGCGAAACAGGAGAAGCCGGCGGGCGGCCGGAAGGCAGUGGAGGCCGCGACCGUCGUGAUCGAGCAUUGCACGAGCUGACGCGUCUACGGGCGCAACGCCGCGGCCCUGAGCCAGGCGCUGCGCCUGGAGACCCCGGACCUUCCGGUGGAGGUGAAUCCUGCCAAGCCCCGGAGGGGCAGCUUCGAGGUGACGCUGCUGCGCCCAGACGGCAGCAGUGUGGAGCUCUGGACUGGGAUUAAGAAGGGGCCCCCACGCAAACUCAAGUUCCCUGAGCCUCAAGAGGUGGUGAAGGAGCUGAAGAAGCACCUUUCGUAGGGUGUGUUGGGCAGAAGUCCUCGCGCUGAGCCUCCUGUCCCUGGUGGUGUUGGAGCAUUUAUGAUGGAACAUGGCCAAAACUUCAGUCAUGUACCUGAAGCCAUGGUUUCUUUCCCUCCAGAAAGGAUGGUUCAGUUGUGAGGCAACCCUCUAGUAAGGCAUUGAAAAGUUCUUGGAUUUGGUUUAAUAAAAGUUGAAAUAAAGUAUCUGAAUAAUAAAGUAAAACUUAAUCUUAUGGUAAGAAAUGGA